AUGGACAAACAGAAACAACUGCCAUUUUAUCUUUACACAGGUCAAUUUAUUAUCUCUCCUCCUAAUACUGCCAUCAUUGGAGUCAUUGGAGAAGGAGUUGUUCUGCCCUGCCACGUGGUAGCAGAUAACAUUCCUGAGGUAUUCUCUGUCCAGUGGAUAUUUCAUGAACAGUCUCAAAAAAUAACUGUCAGCAGAUAUGAUGGAAAGAAGAAAAAGGAGGAACAAGAUGAGAGAUAUCAAGGCAGAACAGAAUUCUUCCACAAUGAAUUUAGAGCUGGCAACAUGUCUCUACGCCUGAAGAAUGUCAGGAGCUCUGACAAAGGAUCAUACACUUGUGUGGUCUCUUUCAAUGACACGUACCAUGAUGUGUUGAUUGAACUGCACGUGACAGGUCAAUUUAUUAUCUCUCCUCCUAAUACUGCCAUCAUUGGAGUCAUUGGAGAAGGAGUUGUUCUGCCCUGCCACGUGGUAGCAGAUAACAUUCCUGAGGUAUUCUCUGUCCAGUGGAUAUUUCAUGAACAGUCUCAAAAAAUAACUGUCAGCAGAUAUGAUGGAAAGAAGAAAAAGGAGGAACAAGAUGAGAGAUAUCAAGGCAGAACAGAAUUCUUCCACAAUGAAUUUAGAGCUGGCAACAUGUCUCUACGCCUGAAGAAUGUCAGGAGCUCUGACAAAGGAUCAUACACUUGUGUGGUCUCUUUCAAUGACACGUACCAUGAUGUGUUGAUUGAACUGCACGUGACAGCUAAAGGUAGUGUGCCUUCCAUUUUCCUGAGGAGUCACAUGAAGCAGGGCAUUGGCCUCACGUGCCAUGCAGCUGGAUGGUUUCCUAAACCUGAGGUGAUUUGGCUGGAUGGCCAAGGACAGGUCCGGAAGGAACUAUCGACCACAAAGAUGACAGUGAUGCCUGCAGGCCUAUACAGCGUUGUAACUUCCAUGAACCUAAACCCGGGCUCUGACAGGGAAGUCUCCUGCAGGAUAGUCAACAAUCUGCUAAAUACAACGAGCGAGUCUCGAAUCCUGAUCGCAGGUAGUCACAAGAAAACAGUUAGCUCAG